AGCCAUAGCCCAAAUUUUGUUUUGUUUUUUUUUUUGUAUACAAUUUUUAUUUUGUUUAUUAGGCAAGGAGUAAUAAAAUCCAAACGGAAGAAUUUCUCAUCUCCCAUCUCCCUGUAUCUCUUUUCCUCAGAAUUUUAGUUUGCAGCACCAUACAGAGAGAUUCGAAGGAGAAGAAGCGUGUAUAUCAUGAACUUGGCGAGUCUCAGUUUUUAAGGGUCCACUCUGCAUUGGUAGGCUACAGCUUGGAUUUUGAAUCCCCAAGUGUUUUUUUGCUUCACUUGCCUGACAAAGAGUGAAUGCUUUCAUUGUAUUUCUCUACUGCUUGAGCCUUUCAUUUGGUAGGGACUAGGGGUGACGUGAGUUGGUGGAAUAAGUGAAAUGUGUAUUUUGGAGGCCUCUGAAGUUGCGCAUUAACAUUAUGGGCAGUUUGAGAUUGGUGUCGGUCUUACUGUCAAGGAGUAAACAAGAGGCAUUCAAUUUACAAUAGCCGUUUUAUGAGUAAUCUAUCGCUAUACCUUAAUUAUGUUUGGGAAUUAAAGGGCCACAGUUUUUUCAAUGCAUGCAUCACGUCUCAGGAGAUUCACUGAUUUGUGCUCUCAACCCCUUCAAAACGAUGACACUUACUUCCUGUCUCACUUUCAAAUUAUAGCCAACACAAAUGGAUCUAAUGACUCACUUCAAGAGGAAGCUCCUCAUAAGCCCUAUUGCACUUUGGAAUCAUCCUCGAUGAGUGGGAACGACGCUCUUUCCAAUUCACCAUCAAAUGGAAGCCCCAUUACCAAGCCUGACCCACAUUUCACUCACACCAAUUAUGGUACUCCUUUUAUAGAAACUACAAGGCUUGGGCAAAUUAUGCCCCAUGGGGAUUUGAAACAGGUCCUCAUUGCCUGUGCAAAGGCAGUGUCGGAUAAUGAUUUGAUGACAUCACAUUGGUUGAUGUCAGAACUACGGAAAAUGGUUUCCGUUUCGGGUGAACCAAUCCAACGGCUUGGGGCAUACAUGUUGGAAGGUCUCGUUGCCCGGUCAUCUUCCUCGGGCAGUUCCUUCUACAAAUCCUUGAGAUCCAAACACUUGCCACCAACAACAAGUUCUUAUCAGCUCCUCACUUACAUGCAUACCCUUUACGAGGUUUGCCCUUACUUCAAAUUUGGUCACAUGUCGGCCAACGGAGCCAUUGCUGAAGCCAUGAAGAGCGAACAAAGUGUCCAUAUAAUAGACUUCCAAAUCGGUCAAGGCAGCCAGUGGGUUACUCUUAUCCAAGCUUUCGCUUCCCGGCCAGGUGGGCCACCCCGCAUCCGAAUAACCGGCAUAGAUGACCGGGGAUCAGUGAGUAUUGCGGGAAAAAAUCUUUCAGAACUUGCCGAGUCCUUCAAAGUUCCUUUUGAAUUCCAUUCUUCAGACAUUGACCUGAAAAACCUGGGAAUCCAACCAGGAGAAGCACUGGCCGUGAAUUUUGCAUACAUGCUACACCACAUGCCUGAUGAAAGCGUGAGCACCCUAAACCAUAGGGACAGGUUGUUGAGGAUGGUCAAAAACCUUAACCCGAAGGUGGUUACUCUCGUAGAGCAAGAAUCUAAUACAAACACGGCUGCCUUUUUUCCUCGGUUUGUAGAAACAUUGGAUUACUAUGCUGCAAUGUUUGAAUCUAUUGAUGAGGUUCUUCCGAGGAAUCACAGUGAGCGGAUCAACGUGGAGCAGCACUGUUUGGCAAGAGAUGUUGUGAACGUAAUUGCGUGCGAAGGGACAGAAAGGGUGGAACGACAUGAACUUCUUGGGAAGUGGAAGUCUAGGUUCAGGAUGGCAGGUUUUACUCCGUACCCGUUAAGCUCUUUGGUGAAUCUGACAAUAAAAAGACUGUUGGAGAACCAUUCGGACAAGUAUAGGAUUGGAGAAAGAAAUGAUGCACUUUACCUUGGUUGGAUGGACAGGGAUUUGGUCGCUGCAUGUGCCUGGAAGUGAUGAAGAUCUUGAAACUGAUCAUCGAAGUUAUAGUUUUCCUUGAUGUCUGAUGUUAAUAGUAAUCAUAUUAUGACAUAUUGACAUGAUUUCAUGUAGAGAACUUACAUUGUACAUCCAAUUGGGCAUUUUCAUGUAUAAAUAAGUUUCAUACAUAUCAAUGGAGCAUUGUAUGGAGCCAA